AGUUCCGUUUGUUCAUUUCAGUACCGAAUUUGAUCUCUGUAUAUCCGGAAAAGAUGAGCAUUUAUCGCUUGUUCCCACGUGCUCCUUUGUUCGGGCUUCGGCUUUUUGGCGAGGCGUUCGUCUCGCGCCAAUUUUCCCCCCGUAAACUUUAAAUUAUUUGUGCUGUGCCAGGGUUGACGUGCAGAAUGGAGGGGGAUACUGACGGUCAUUUCAAAUAUCCUGUAGCUCGGCGUGAUGACUCGGUUGAGUAUGAAUACUUCGGGACUAAAAUUAAAGAUCCUUAUCGCUGGCUGGAAGAUCCCGACAGCGACGAAACGAAGCAAUUCGUACUUGCUCAAAAUGAAAUCUCUCUGCCAUACAUCAAUAGUUGCAGUGCUAAAGCAAGAAUUCAGGAGAGAUUAACUGAAAUGUGGGAUUAUCCGAAAUAUUCGACGCCGGGACGGGCUGGACCGCGGUAUUACCAUUUCAUGAACACCGGAGUGCAGAAUCAGUCCGCUCUAUACCUCCAGAACUCCUUGAAUGGUCCUAGUCAGGUGUUCUUUGAUCCAAACACGCUUUCACCAGAUGGUUCGUCAUCUUAUUCUUUGCUUCAUUUGAUUUUGUACGUUAAAGUCGACAGUGUAAUUGAUUCAUUAUAUGGCCCCAAUCUGUUUUCAGGAACAAUUUCGUUGAACACAUACAAUUUUUCCGAAGACGGAGAAAUUUUCGCCUAUGCAUUAUCUGAGGCCGGGUCAGACUGGGCAUCCAUACGUUUCAAGAAAGUUUCCACUGGAGAAGAAUACCCUGAAGUUCUUAAAAGAGUGAAGUUCUCCGGAAUUGAAUGGACCCACGAUAACGUCGGGGUCUUCUACAGCAAGUACCCUGAAACAGACUCGAAAGCAGAUGGAACGGAAACCGUGUCGAUGGAUUCGAAUAAAGUGUUCUACCACAGAGUGGGCACUGAACAGUCCGAAGAUAUCCUUGUCGCAGAAUUUCCGGAUGAACCGAAGUGGCUGCUGGGUUUCAACUUGAGUGAUUGCGGCCGAUACUUGUUCAUUACUCCUGUGAAGGAGUGCAAAGAAAAUCUGCUUUUCUUUUUUGACUUGAACUCCCUGGGGCCAGAAGGAAUUGUUGGUAAAGUGCCUCUGACGCCGAUUGUCACCAAAUUUGAAGCUGACUAUUCGUACGUCGCAAAUACCGGGUCAAAGGUUCUAUUUCGAACAAACAAAAAUGCGCCGAUAUAUCAGAUAAUAGAAGUGGAUUUGGAACACCCUGAGGAAUCCAACUGGAGAUCUUUUAUUCCCGAGCACGAGUCAGACGUUUUGGAUUCAGCGGCUACCGUAAACAAGGACAAACUUGUUCUCUGCUACAUGCGGGACGUUUGCAGCGUUCUGCAGCUCCAUGAUUUAAACACAGGCGCGAAACUGCAAGAUUUUCCGUUGGACGUUGGCCAAGUGUUGUCGCUUUCAGCAAGAAGAAAAUACGACGAGAUGUUCUUCAAGUUCGAUUCAUUUCUGGAGCCCGGAACAAUAUAUAGGGUGGAUUUUAAUUCUCCCGCUCCGUGGAAAGCAGAUCUCUACUGGAAAGCGGAUGUGAAAGGCUUCAACAAGGAUGAUUUUGUGGCAAAGCAAGUUUUCUUCACGAGCAAAGAUGGUACAAGAGUGCCCAUGUUCAUAGUGCAUCGGAAAGAUUUUGUACAAGAUGGAACUGCCCCUGCAAUAUUGUACGGAUACGGUGGAUUCAACGUCAGCCUACAACCCAGCUUUUCAUUGACGUUCCUAAGCUUCAUUCAGUCGUUCCACGGAGUGUUCGCUGAGGCUAAUGCGAGAGGUGGCGGAGAGUAUGGCGAGAAAUGGCACAACGAAGGACGAUUGCUGAAGAAGCAAAAUUGCUACGAUGAUUUCCAAGUAGCCGCGGAGUACCUCAUAAAUGAAAAGUACACUCAAGCGAAAAAGUUAACAAUCGAAGGAUAUUCCAAUGGUGGAUUUACGGUUGGAGCUUGUCUUAAUCAACGCCCUGAUUUAUUUGGCGCUGGCAUUGCUGGAGUCGGGGUCCUCGACUUGAUGAGAUUCCAUAAAUUCACCGUUGGGUACUUGUGGACGUCAGACUACGGGAACCCGGAAGAGAAUGAGGACCAGUUUCGGAAUCUGCUGAAGUUGUCGCCUUUGCACUGCAUACCGUCAGCGGAUAGUUUGCCGGGCAACACUGAGCAGUACCCAGCAUUACUGCUCUUAACUGCUGAUCACGACGAUCGGGUUGUGCCUCUGCACUCGCUCAAGUUCAUCGCAGAGCUGCAACAUGUUCACGGGCAUAAUCCAAAGCAAACAAAUCCACUGAUUAUUCGGGUCGAGACAAAAGCUGGGCAUGGUGGGGGAAAGCCAACAAAAAAGAGGAUUGAAGAAAUCGCAGAUUCUUUAGCAUUCAUCAUGAACGCCUUGAAGCUGGAAUACCGUGGUGACGAGAACUGAGGAAAAAAAUAAUCUCUCCGUCACGCAACUCCUGUGAAGGUUCUCCGGGAACAUUUUCAUCCAUUUUGCUCAUCAGUGGAUGUGAAUUGUAUCGUUUGUCUAAGAGAAUUCCGAACUUGGAUUUAUCAGUGCUGCGAGUUAAUACUGCUCGGAUUCAGUUCAAUUUUUUUUGCCGUUCGUCUCUUAUUUGGUGACAGUAAAUUACAGCUGGAUGAGAUAAUAAAAUCCAAGUUGGUCCUAUUCA